UUUCUUCUAUAUAUUAGCCGCCUCUUUUUCUCCCUCCCUUCACACACGCACCCCCUCUCACUUCUGAUCCCUUCUUCUUCUCCAACUCCGUCGGCAACCGCCACCGCUCGCCGGUGCCGGUGCUCGGAAAGGUCCUGCCUUUCCUCCAAAAUCCCACCUUUCUAGCUCCACCUCACUGCUGACUCUCGCUCUGCCUCGAUUGGUGGGGAGUUCUUGAUACAAGAAUUAAGCGACAGCAAGAUCGUGCCGUUCGGUUGCGUCCAGGAUGGUCAUCAAAGAUCGGGAGUGAGGAGGCAGCUCUACCGGUCGUGGAGGCUAAAUGUACCGCGAGAACGACUCGGCACUCUCCUGCUUCUACCUCUUCCUCCUCUGGUUCUUCUUCUUGAAAUAGACCAGCCGAGCAGCUCGAUUGCGAUUCUGACAACGGCGGAGAUCGUUUUCGUUUGGUCUGUGGGAGUUGAGGUGAUUCGUGAGCUUGGUCUGGUUCGUCUGGUCCAAGAAUCACGAGGUGUUGGAAGUUGGAAUCUUGGCGAGGAGGAGAUGGUGCUGGAUCUGAACGUGGCGGAGGGGGUGCCGGAGAAGCCGCCGGCGUCGGCGGCGAGGAGCGACUCCGGCACGUCGGAGUCGUCGGUGCUGAACGCAGAGGCGUCCGGCGGCGGGGGCGCCGCGGCCGCGCCGGCGCCGGCGGAGGAGGGCUCCAGCUCGACGCCCCUGCCUCCGGCCGUGCUCGAGUUCAGCAUCCUGAGGAGCUCGGAGUCGGCCGAGGAAGACGACGACGACGCCACGCCGUCGCCGCCACCGCCGCGGCAGCAGCAGCCGCAGCUCGUAACCCAGGAGCUGUUCCCGGCCGCUGCCGGGCCACCGCGCCCCGUGCCGCAGCAUUGGGCUGAGCUCGGGUCCUUCCGCGCCGAGCCGCUUCGCCCGCAGCCGGACAUCAGGAUCCUCCCGCAUCAGCACGCGCCACCGCCGCCGGCGCAGCCGGCUGCCAAAAAGAGCCGCCGCGGCCCUCGUUCCCGCAGCUCGCAGUACCGCGGCGUCACCUUCUACCGCCGCACCGGCCGCUGGGAGUCCCAUAUCUGGGAUUGCGGCAAGCAAGUGUACUUAGGUGGAUUUGACACUGCUCAUUCUGCUGCAAGGGCGUACGAUCGAGCCGCGAUCAAGUUCCGCGGUGUCGACGCAGACAUAAACUUCAAUCUCAGUGACUACGAGGACGACAUGAAGCAGAUGAAGAGCCUAUCCAAGGAGGAGUUCGUGCACGCUCUGCGACGGCAGAGCACCGGGUUCUCGCGGGGCAGCUCCAAGUACAGAGGCGUCACCCUGCACAAGUGCGGCCGAUGGGAGGCUCGCAUGGGGCAGUUCCUUGGCAAGAAGUACAUAUAUCUUGGGCUAUUCGACAGCGAAGUAGAGGCUGCAAGGGCUUAUGAUAAGGCCGCGAUCAAAUGCAAUGGUAGAGAAGCAGUGACGAACUUCGAGCCAAGCACAUAUGAUGGGGAGCUGCUGACUGAAGUUAGUGCUGAAGGUGCCGAUGUUGAUCUGAACUUGAGCAUAUCUCAACCUGCUUCUCAGAGCCCCAAAAGGGAUAAGAACUCCCUUGGUCUGCAACUCUACCAUGGAUCAUUUGAAGGCUCCGAAUCGAAAAGAACAAAGAUUGAUGCUUCCUCUGAACUGGCGGGCCGCCCUCAUCGGUUCCCUCUUCUGACCGAGCAUCCACCAAUCUGGCCUGCCCAACCUCACCCCUUCUUUUCAAAUAAUGAGGAUGCAUCAAGAGAUCAUCACAGGAGGCCAGAGGGGGGUGUUCCCAGCUGGGCAUGGAAGGUGACCGCCCCUCCUCCCACCCUGCAAUUCCCGCCGUUCUCGUCGUCGUCGUCCUCCGCUGCAGCAUCAUCAGGAUUCUCCAAUACCGCCAUGGCAGCUGCCCUCACCGCCCCAUCGUCCUCCCUCCGGUUCGACCCGCCGUCGUCAAGCCGCCAACGCUGAAAAUUAACAAGCCACCCAGAAAAUUUGCCGGGAAGCCGGCAUUUUUUUCCCCUCUCGGCGUUGCAACUUUUUCGGUUUUGCGCCGGGGUGGUUUCUUGUAGUGGAGUGGAUUCAUGACUGUAUUUGCAUACUGCCCAAGUGAAAUGCUUCUCUCUUUAGAUGUUCUGGGAGUUGUUCUUGUUGCUGGAAAUCAACUAACUUCAACGUCUGAGAUUGAACUAUACAUUGUUGUAGAGAAUCAUUGUUGAAAUUAGUAACUGAAAGAUUAUAGGUAUCAUAAUAAGUCACAGUCUACUUGCGGACAUAGUUCAGCAAGAUUUUAUUCCAGUUCCUUUCUUUGCUGUC